UGAAUGCCAGUUAUCGCUAAAUAUUUGAAUAAAUGUUCUUUCCGCAAUCUUAAAUCUUCUAUAUAAUCAUGAGUUCAGACGUUAUCAAACGCUAGUAAGAAAAUAUGUUUUCGAUGAUCAUUUCAUUCCUGGUUGCCCUCACAAUAUGUGGAAGCUAUGGUAAUCCGAUAGAGUGUCCAAUAAAUGAGCAUCCUACGGAUUGUGUGAACGCUUGCCCUACCCCUACUUGCUCUGAUCCAAGACCUCCUUCUUGCAAUUUCUUAGUCUGCAACAAAGGAUGUGAAUGCGAUGAAGGAUAUGUACGUACAAAGAAGCCUGAUGGUCCUUGCAUUCCUAUUUCCAGAUGUAAAAAUUGUCUAAGGCCUGGUUUUGCAUUCAACGAUUGUGGAUCGAACUGUUCAACCACCUGUAGAUACGUAACAGAGAACCUGAUUUGUCCUUUAGUUUGUACACCAGGAUGCUAUUGCGCAGGAGGAAAAGUUUUAGAUGAAGCUUCCAAUAAAUGUGUUGAUAAGAAGCAGUGCAUCAAGUCGACUAUCAAGCCAUGUGAUUAGUGAAAUGAAAUUUUAUGAUGUAUUAUUAAUAGAAUGAUUAAAUACUCGUAGUAUUCAGUUCUCGAA